CCUUCAGAAGGUUCUCUUCAUGCUUUGGAAAAUACAAAUCAGCAGUCCACAUUCCUAGCAGCCUUUUUUACAUCAUCCUUUUACUGACAGCAAGCUGGGACUUUGCUCUUUAUACAUAACGUCUUGGGGGUAAAACUCAAUUGGGGGGACCCCAAGUUACUUGGAAAAAUGAAAUUUUGGGUCAUUUUUACUCUGAUUCUUGCCCACGAAGCUCUACAAAAUGUUUUUGGCCAACCACCCGGCAAAGGGAAGCGUCCAAAGGAGCCUGCAGAAAAUAAAAUCAAACCUGCUAUAAAGAAGCUAAAGCCAAAAAUAACAAAGCUUAAGGAAUCCACAGAGCCCAUCUCCAAGGUACAGUCUAUUAUGACACAAGUUAUGGACAAAGGUCGGUUUCAGAAGCCCCCGGCUAUGCUCACCAUGUCAGCAGGGCAGAGUAUGGAGCUUAGAUGUAAAGGAGAGAAGAUAACAUGGAACUACCCCAAAUUCUUGGACACAUUUAAGGACUCUAGACUCAGUAUAAAGCAACUUGACAGGUAUGGGCAGCUGAUCCUCAUGAAUUCCUCUGCAGCAGAUACCGGGGAGUUUAGCUGCUGGGCCCAGCUCUGUGACAGCCGCGGCUGCAAAAAGGAUGAAUCCAAGACCGGCUCUACAUAUAUAUUUUUCACAGAUAAAGGAGAACUAUUUGUACCAUCCCCAAGUUAUUUUGAGAUUGUCUACAUGCACCCAGAUAAACCAGCUGUCAUUCCAUGUCGGGUGACCACUGCGGCUGCUAAAGUCACCCUACACAGAGAGUUUCCAGCUGAAGAAAUCAAAGCUGAUGGCAGAGAUAUCACCUAUGACGUAAAGAAAGGUUUCAUUUACCAGCAGCCCAGUUCCAACCAAAGUGGAGUGGUAUAUUGCCGAGCAGAGGCCAGAGGAGCCCCUCAGAUAUCCAUUAAAUACCAGUUGCUCUAUGUGGAAGUUCCCAGUGGUCCACCCUCUGCAACAAUUACUGCAUCAGCCAAUAAGGUUCGAAGUGGAGGUGACUUCAGUAUCAUUUGCACAGUCUUGGGGGAGCCAGAUGUAGACGUAGAAUUUACAUGGAUUUACCCAGGACAACAAUAUGAACGUCCUGUGACCAUUCAAGACUCCUGGAGACUGGUCAACCGUGGAAUUGGACACACCACCAGAAUCUCUAAGAGCAUCAUUACUGUAGAAGACUUUGAAACAAUUGAUGCAGGUUACUAUAUUUGUAAAGCACAGAAUCUCAGAGGACAGACAAGACUUGCUACCAGAGUGGACAGAUAUUAAAUGGACUCUCCAUUCCAGACAAGGAUGGCUUAAAGACAAAACGAGACUCCUCAAAGCCCCAAACAGAUUUCACAAGAGCAUAUUAUCAGCAUAACAAAUGCCAGUUCUUUACAGCAGCCCAUGUGUACGAAAGAUGUCACUCAGCCUGCCAGAUGUGGAAAAUGUGGAGAACUUGACUCAAGCCUGUAGUCUGGGAUAUAAUGCCUAAACCUGGAUUCUUAUUACAAUAAUCCAAAUGAUAGAAAUGUAUUUGUAUCCAGUCAAAUACCUUAUGUAUAGGAUUCUAUUUAACCGUGUAUCAUAUAAAAAAGCAAAUAAAUACUUAUUAUUUUU